AAAAAAAAAAGGCUUUUUUUCCUUAAUAUUCAUUUCUGCACCGGACUCGCUCAUAAACCCAAAAGCCUUCUCUCAACAGAACUCACUCGAAAUGACUAAGAAGAAGCUCAACAAUCCUUUGGAAGAUCCACCGAUGGCAUCUUCAAGCGACGAAGAUGAAGUGGAGGUGUUGUCCGGAGACGAUGAAGAAGAAGAAGAAGAGAUCUCCAACGAUCUCAUGAAUCCAGUCAACAUUCGGUCCAAAUCUGAGAAGCCGAUCAUUGCUGUCACCAAACCCAAGGCGAAGAGGCCGAUGGAAACGACGUCGGUUAAUGCAAAACGGGCCAAAAUCGGAGAGGAGACGACGACGAAGAAAGCGUCGUUGUUUCAGAGGCUGUGGAGCGAAGAAGAUGAGAUCUCAGUGCUUCAAGGUAUGAUCGAUUUCAAAGCUGAUACCGGGAAGAGUCCGUACGAAGACAUGCAUAGCUUUUACAAACUCACCAGUAAAUCGAUUAGCUUCGAGCCUAGUAAGAUCCAGUUCGUUGAUAAGAUUAGGUCUUUGAGGAGGAAGUAUAUGGGGAAAGUGAAGCAAGGUGCUGAGUCUUUGACUAAACCUCAUGAUAUUCAGUGUUUGAAAUUGGCCAAGUAUAUUUGGGGAUCGCAUGGACUCGCUCUCGAUUCUAAUGUGAAGAAGCAGCUUGGUAAAGAAGAAGAUGAAGAAGUUGUGACUCCUAAAUCUGCUGCUAAGUUCAAUGGAACACCAAAAAAGAGUGCGAAGAAGCCCAUUUCUGUGGAAGCUAAUGGUGACAAUGGAGGAGAAGAUAGGGAGGUGUUGAUUACUGGUGAAAAGGGAGAAGAAGAUAGAGAGGUAUUGGUUAAUGGUAAGAAGGUAGAUGAAGAUAAGGAUGUUUUGGCUAGUGGUGAUGAUGGAAGCGAAGAGAGGGAAGUCUUUGCUGGUGGUGAAAAGGUAGCCGAAGAUAAGGAAGUGUUGAUUAAUGGAGGAGGAGCUUCCAAGUCUCAUGUUGUGAGAGCAUCUGACUGGUUUGAAGACUCGUUUCUUGUUGGAUCUAUUGCUGGUUUAGGUGUGGGUGAGCAGUUUGUGAAGCAGAAAUGGAGCAUGGUGACAGCGGAGACAAAGAAGAGAAUGGAAGAGAAGUGGAAGUUAUUGCAGGCCAAAGAAAUGGAACUUGUGCUGCACAAGACUGACUUUAUGCGUGAGAUAGGCUCUGUGAUUGCUGAAGCAUCUUAAGAAGAAGCGUUUGGUUUUUCUUACUAGUAUAUCGGUUUUAAUGGAGAUGAAAUGCUAAUUUCUGUGUUAUCUUUCUACAUAACUUUCUGGUUUUCUAGUUGAUCUUGUGAAUUCUCUUCUCUUUUUUUCGGAUUGUUGCUUUUCUACAAACAACGUGGAAGUUCUUACGUUCUUGUUUACUAGGUUCUCUUGUGAAUUCUUGCUUUUAUGUACAAACUCAAUGGAAACUUUUGUCAAGUUGAGGCAAUAGCUUAGGUAGCAGAAAACAAAGUUGCAGUCUUGCAGAGCCU